AGCAGAAAGCAGCCCAAGUUCACUAGCUCGGCACUUCGCAGGCGGCAGGAGGGACCUCGGGGCUCCGCUCUGAACUUUGACUCCCGUCGGUCCCGUCCUCUCCGCGGGGCUGCCCUCGGCUCCCCGCUGCCCCCCCGACCCCCCUGCCGCUCGGCCCCGCAGGAUGCAGAUCUCACCCUUGCUGGCUGGUGGACUUUUACUCGCGCUGCUCUCCGUCAGGCUGGAGGCGAAGCCGGCGUCUCAGCUCCCACAGAAGGCCUCCCGCGGAUCGGCGGCGGCGGCGGCAGCAGCGGGUCCGCCCGAAGCGGCGGAGCGGGAGAAAGAGCGGGAGAAGGAGCGGAGCGGCGGCGGCGGCGGCUCGGGCCCGCGGGAGGCGCGGGAGGCGCGGGCCGAGGCGCGGCCGCGGGCGGGCUGGGCGCGGCUGCUGCAGGACCCGCCGGGCCGCCGCCACAAGGGCCUCCACAAGAAGGGCCUGGGCAAGGGCUGCUUCGGGCUCAAGCUGGAUCGCAUCGGCGCCAUGAGCGGCCUCGGAUGCUGAGGGACCCCUGGCGGGCUUUGAAUCUGUAGUCCACUUUUUCCUACCACGCACGGCCAGGCACAGCCAUCCCCCAGGCAACACCUAGAGAAGCAGAGACCCCCUUGGAAUGGACAAAAGAUGUGGUUGUGUUUUUCUUUUUGGUACGAGGAGUCAUGGCACCAACUGUUUUGGUUUUGUUAUUUUUUUAACAAGUGCUCUCUAUCUUACAUAUAUUAUAUAUACAAACACUCACCGAGACAAGGGACAGUGCUUUUCCAAGAGACUGAUGAAGCCAGCUGUAUAACAUUGCUGUUUGUAAAUUCAUGUCAUGCAUAAAUGUAUUUAUGUUGUAAAGCUAUUUAUAUAUUGUUUAUAAAGAGAUAUUUAUAAAAAAAUUAUUUAUGUAACUAAAUGAAAAGUCAAGCAUUGUAACAUUUUUUGUCCUAAGUAGUUGAAAAACUUUAAAAAAAAAUCAUUCCGUGUGGCAUUUUGAAA